UGGGGUGAACAAGGAAGAAGCAAACAGCUCUCAGAAAACUGCCCUACAUUCCCAGUGCUGUCUGCUGCUCAGGGCUGGGCUGCUGGGGUGCCCAGAACCCUUUCCAAUGAAUCCCAGUGGGUGGCACUAGACAUGCCAGCCUUUCACUGGCCUGGACAUCAAGGCAGAGAAGAAUGCCUUUUUUGAGAAUCUAAGUAGAGGAAAGAGCUUCCUGAAGCUUGAAAACAAAUCUGCUGGAUCCACUAUUCACCUUCUGUUUCUUAUGGUUGGUGAGGCGUCCCAGGCUCUUCCCCCACACCUUCCCCAGCUCCUCACUGGCUGCCCACUUACCCAGGUGAGUGGCCCCUCCCCCGCCCCUUUGCUGCCUACAGUGAUUUUGUCCUCUCAGUUCUGACCAGCUGUUUGCCUUUCCAGCCUGAGCCCUCAACUGCCCAGACUAUACAAGCAUUUGCUAUACCAGCAUGGGAUCCCUGAGUUGAGGUGGGAGGUGGAUUUAUGGGAAGGAGCCAGGGGCAGAGGACAGCUGUGCAGAAGCAAUGUGCUGUUGUGCUUCAUAUUUAUUUAUUUAUUUUUAUUAAGUCAUAUAUACAUAGAUCAUGAAUACAUUUAUGCAUAUAUGGGGUACAAGGAGGUGAUUUUUUUAUACGAUUUGGAGUGCUUACAUCAAACUAAUUAAUAUGGCUUUCGCCUCAUUUACUUAUUAUGUUCUAUACUUGAUAGAUUUGACGGAAAAGAGACUGAACCGAUUCAGUCUUUGCCACCCCAGACCAGCCGGAGAAGGAAAGGCACAGAAAGGUGUACAGGGUUCUAGAAAACCAGGCCUUCACCGCCAGCUCCAGCCUAAGCAAACAUUCCCUUCCAGAGUCAGAAAACCGGUGUGCGAGGGGAGAAAUCGGCCUGAGGUUUAUCGCUCGGGCAACUCCAGAUGAUUCAUAGAGUUUAGACUCCAGGUUGUCACAGAUCAAGGCACGCAAACAAACGGCCUGGGAGGUACCCCUCCCCUUUCCCUGCUCCCCCAACCUGGCUACCCCCUAGCCCAAGACCAGCUGCCUCCCCUCCCCCUCGCGGGAGCCCCAGAGCGAGCAAACACGCCCUGCUACCCUCCCCUUCACCGGCUGGCUCCGACCGCGGGCUGCUGGCGAUGCCCCAGACACCUCGGCGUCACGAGAACUGGCACCCCGAGGCCCAGAGCCCUACCCUCCCUCCUCGUCCCCAGGGCUCUGGCCAAGCCCAGCACCUCUCUCUCCUCGGUGCGCCUCGGCCCCAGCGGGCCUCCGGCGCGAGCUAAGUAGGCCUAGCCGCCCACCUCCCGGGGGGCCCACAGCCCAGGGGCAAGGCGGCCGGAAAAUCUCCUGUUGUUUACGGGGCUGGAGAGGUCCCAGCUGGAAUUCGCUUCCCCAUUUCUGCGGCUCCCUUUCUGCAGAUUCCAGAAGCCAGAGAAGAAAGAGUGGCAACUCGGCGGACCCACCCCUAGACGGGGAGUGGGGGUGGGGCACGAGGGAAGCGGAACUCCGGGAAGGUCCCCUGGCCGCGGGAGGGGCGGGACUCAGAGUCAGGGCCAAAGUGUCCCGGAGCGCAGAGACCGCGGGGGCCGGGUUAGACACUGUACCUUGGGGAACAAAACCGUGAAGGCUAAUUAGGACAAGUCGGAACAGGGAACAGGGACGAGAGGAGGGGAGAGCGCUCUCCGAGUUGGGCAAUGUCUGGAGCGGUCGCAGGCAGCGCGGGCGCAGAGUAGCCCGGCCCAGGGCGACCUUCGUCCACUGUGCGAAGUUUUUCUGGGCUCGGUCUACACGUUAGGGGAGAGCUCGGUGACAAUCCCACGUACACUUGGUGACUGGGGCUCCGGGGAUAGACCGCGCGUGCAAGCGGCGGACACUCGGUGUGUGGUGUGUCCACGUGUACAGGCUCAGGAGGGGAGGGGGCGCAGAAGGCGUGACAAAGACGGACUUUGUGUGCGCCUCGCUCCAGCCCGCAGCAGCAAACUGUGCUCGGCGUGUGUCUCGCGGGGGAGCCAGGACGAAGGUGACAAAAGCUGGGUAUCCAACACCGAGAGAGGAGAGACGCGCCAAGGUACCCCUGCGCGUGGCCGAGCGCGCGCGCUGGGAGAUGCCGGGAGGGAGCGCUCGCCCGCGGGGGUGCCAGGCUGCACCCCGCGCCGCUUGCCGGAGAGAAAGCAGAGUCCAGAAAGUGAGUGCGCGUGAGUGCGCGCGCGCCCGCCGCGGGGGCGUGGCAGUAAACAGCAACAACCCACACGCCAGCCCCGCCUGGAACUCAGCCCUCUGCGCUCCCUCGCGCGCCGGAAAGUGCUACUCGGCCCAGCCCAGAGGGACCCAACUGGAGUCUGGCCUGGGUGCCAGGAUGGCUGCCCACAAAGCCUUGCUGAUGUUCCUGGGACUGCCUCUCUUCCUGUUCCCAGGGGCCCAGGCCCACAACCAGGCCCCACCUGGCUGCAGCCCAGACCUCAACCCCCUCUACUAUAACCUGUGUGACCGAUCUGGGGCUUGGGGCAUCAUCUUGGAGGCAGUGGCCGGGGCAGGCAUCGUCACCACAUUUGUGCUCACCAUCAUCCUCGUGGCCAGCCUCCCCUUUGUGCUGGACACCAAGAAGCGGAGCCUGCUGGGGACUCAGGUGUUCUUUUUGCUGGGGACCCUGGGCCUCUUCUGCCUCGUUUUCGCCUACGUGGUGAAGCCCGACUUCUCCACCUGUGCCUCCCGGCGCUUCCUCUUUGGGGUCUUGUUUGCCAUCUGCUUCUCCUGCCUGGUGGCCCACAUCUUUGCCCUCAACUUUCUGACCCGGAAGAACCACGGGCCCCGGGGCUGGGUGGUCUUCACCGUGGCUCUGCUGCUGACCCUUGUGGAGGUCAUCAUCAACACGGAGUGGCUGAUCCUCACUCUGGUCCGGGGAGGUGGCGAGGGCGGCCCUCUGGGCAACGACAGUGCCAGCUGGGCCACGGCCUCCCCCUGCGCCAUCGCCAACAUGGACUUCGCCAUGGCGCUCAUCUACGUCAUGCUGCUGCUACUGGGCGCCUUCGUGGGGGCAUGGCCCACCCUGUGCGGCCGCUUCAAGCGCUGGCACAAGCAUGGCAUCUUCGUGCUGCUCACCACAGCCACCUCCAUUGCCAUCUGGGUCGUGUGGAUUGUCAUGUAUACCUAUGGCAACAAGCAGCACAACAGUCCCACCUGGGAUGACCCCACUUUGGCCAUUGCCCUUGCUGCCAAUGCCUGGGCCUUCAUCCUCUUCUAUGUCAUCCCUGAGGUCUCCCAGGUGACCAAGGCCAGCCCCGAGCAAAGCUACCAGGGGGAUAUGUACCCCACCCGGGGCGUGGGCUACGAGACCAUCCUGAAAGAGCAGAAGGGUCAGAGCAUGUUUGUGGAGAACAAGGCCUUCUCCAUGGAUGAGCCGGCUGCAGCUAAGAGGCCAGUGUCACCAUACAGUGGGUACAAUGGGCAGCUGCUGACCAGUGUGUACCAGCCCACUGAGAUGGCCCUGAUGCACAAAGGCCCGUCCGAAGGAGCUUACGACGUCAUCCUCCCACGGGCCACCGCCAACAGCCAGGUGAUGGGCAGUGCCAACUCGACUUUGCGAGCUGAAGACAUGUACUCAGCUCAGAGCCACCAGGCGGCCACACCGCCGAAAGACAGCAAGAACUCUCAGGUCUUUAGAAACCCCUACGUGUGGGACUGAGUCAGCAGUGCCCAGGAGAGAUGGGUGGGUCUGGGGAGGGCCCUCAGGACCUGUCCUGGGCAGGGGGCUCCCCCUCGCUCCUUGCUGGCCCGGGGCAGCUUGUCCUCAGAGCCAUGAGGUCCUCCCUCUGCCAAUACCUGGGUGGGUGUCCUGGUGCCCCCCCACCCACUCCUCAGUGUUUGUGGAGUCUCCGGCUUCAUGCCAGGAUCACCUCAGUGGUCAUGCUCCAGCCAAAUAGUGUUCUUCUUGGGGUGGUGGCCAGUCUGUGCCUGCAUUUUCUGGAGAUUCCUGCAACCUCGGGAGAUUUCAUAGGCACUUUGGGCCUGGAUCUUGCUCCUCUGUGAGGAACAAGGGUGCCUAAUAAACAUGUUUCUGCUUUAUUAA